AUGCGAAAGAAAGAGAGCAUGGUUUCGUUGAUAGGAGCUAGUGGAACAGCUGGAUAUAUAGCUCCGGAAGUGUUCUGUCGAAACUUUGGAGGAGUUUCUCAUAAAUCCGACGUCUACAACUAUGGAAUGAUGGUCCUAGAAAUGGUGGGAGGAAGGAAAAACAUCGAUGUCGAUGCGUCACAAACCAGUGAAAUAUAUUUUCCUUCGUGGGCUUAUAAGCAACUGGAUCAUGCUAUGAAUUCGAAUCUUGAUGAUGGAGUAGCAGUUGAAGAAGAGAAAACAAGGAAGUUGAAAUUGGUAAGCCUUUGGUGCAUUCAAUCUGUUCCAGCAGUUGGACCAUCAAUGACCAAGGUCCUGCAAAUGUUGCAGGGGAAUACCCAAUCAUUGAAAAUUCCACCUACGCUCUCUCUACAUUCUCCAAUAACAUCUCCCAAAGCCUCUUCCACAUCGUAG